AUCUAAUGGACAUUAACUUCAUUUGUGGAUUAGACAUCUGGCUUGUGUGGGUGUGGAAGGAUGUCUCCAUAUCCUUACUGUCCAAGGUGGUAGGUGCUGUUUCAUGUAGACAUGGACUCAUUGGACGAAGCUGGGCCAUGCUGUUUGCCAGUGGAGGGUUCAAGGUGAAACUCUAUGACAUUGAGCAACAGCAGAUAACAAACGCCCUGGAAAACAUCAGAAAGGAGAUGAAGUUGCUGGAGCAGUCCGGUUCCCUGAAAGGUGCCCUGAGUAUGGAACAGCAGCUGUCACUCAUCAGUGGUUGCUCCAACAUUGCAGAAGCAGUAGAGGGAGCCAUGCACAUUCAGGAAUGUGUUCCGGAAAACCUAGAACUGAAGAAGAAGAUUUUUUCCCAGCUAGAUCGCAUUGUGGAUGACAGGGUCAUCUUAAGCAGUUCAAGCUCUUGCCUCCUGCCUUCUAAACUCUUUGCUGGUUUGAUACAUGUGAAACAGUGCAUCGUGGCUCAUCCUGUGAACCCACCAUAUUACGUCCCCCUGGUGGAGCUGAUCCCUCACCCUGAGACCGCCCCUGCCACAGUAGACAGAACCCAUGCCCUGAUGAAGAAGAUCGGACAGUCCCCUGUGAGGGUCCUGAAGGAGAUUGACGGCUUCAUCCUGAACCGCCUGCAGUACGCAGUUAUCAGCGAGGCCUGGAGGCUGGUAGAGGAAGGAGUUGUGUCUCCCAGUGAUCUGGACCUUGUCAUGUCUGAUGGAUUGGGCAUGCGCUACGCAUUCAUCGGACCACUGGAAACUAUGCACCUCAACGCAGAAGGUAUGGUGAACUACUGUGACAGGUAUAGCGAAGGGAUGAAACGCGUCCUGAAGACUUUUGGACCCAUUCCAGAGUUUUCUGGGGCCACAGUUGAGAAAGUUAACCAGGCCAUGUGUUCAAAGGUUCCCAAUGACCCAGGGCACUUAGCUGCCAGAAGGCAGUGGAGAGAUGAUUGCCUUAUGAGACUUGCCAAACUGAAGAGUCAAGAGCAACCCCAGUAAAUGUUUCCUAAUGCUACUGUCACUCUUCCAUUGAAGUCCUGUUUAGGAAAAUUAAAAGUAUUCAAUCCAGUCUCC